CAAAGUCUCCAAAAGUAGAGGAAGAUUGAGAUUGGUAAAAGAUAAGCUUUGUCCUUUCUCUUAAUUAAUAGAUCAACACUUUGCUUCUGGGAAUUUUCAAGAAACUUGGAAUACUUGAAAUGGAAUACCAUGGUUUUAAUCAACAGUGGCCAAUUAACUCAUUUGAUGAGCUCAGUGCAAUAUCUAUAGCUGCUUCAUUUGGUGAAAAUUUGCAUGAAUCUUUCAUUUCUCAGCCAAAUUUUGGCCUUAAGAGACCUGCAGAGAUGUCCCAAAAUAUUUAUCAUGAAAGGCCAUUGAAGAAUCCUAAAACUAUUCAGAGCUGGAAUAAUUCCUAUGAAAAUGAUCAUAUUUUGAGCUCCCAUUUGAUCAACUCAAAUAAUUACACUAACCAAGUUGUGAAUGUGAAGCCUAAAGUGGAAAUGACUACUAUGUCAUCCAACAGCAGUAUAACUUUUGCAGCUGAUCAUCAGAAUAUGGUUUCUCAAGAUUCUUUUGCUAAUCAUAAUUACAUGAUUAAGGCUAAUUACCAAGGAGCUAAGAGUACUGUUAGUACAAAUGGGAAACUAACACAAGCUCAAGAUCACAUUAUUGCGGAGAGGAAAAGACGUGAAAAACUCAGCCAAAGAUUCAUUGCUUUAUCUGCUCUUAUUCCUGGACUCAAAAAGAUGGACAAGGCUUCUGUUCUAGGAGAUGCAAUAAAAUACUUGAAACAACUCGAAGAGAAAGUGAAGACACUUGAGGAGCAAACAAAGAAAAAAUCUGUGGAGUCUGUUGUAUUUGUUAAGAAAUAUGAACUUUAUGGAGAUGGUGAAAAUUCUUCUUCAGAUGAAAACUACUCAAGUGGUACUCUACCAAUUGAUGAGCCACUCCCAGAAAUUGAAGCAAGAUUUUCUGAGAGAGAUGUCUUAGUUAGAAUUCACUGUGAGAAAAAGAAAGGAUUGGUUGACAAAACAGUUGCUGAAAUUGAGAAACUUCAUCUAUCAGUCAUCAACACUUGUGCCUUGUCUUUUGGAACUUCUGCUCUUGACAUAACAAUAAUCGCUCAGAUGGAUGAGGAAUUUGCAAUGACAGUCCAGGAUUUUGUCAAGAAUUUGCGUUCAGCUCUCAAAAUGUUUAUGUGAAGGUUGUGAUUCGCCUAUCGCAGUUUCUUUUAAUUAGAGUGUUUGGUACGACGGAAGUUAUUUUCCAUGAAAAUAUUUUCCGGAAUACUGUUAAUUAUCAUUUUCCUGUUUCUUGGAUAUUUAGGCUUGUGAGGUCUACUUCACCCUUUAAAACCAUGUCCAUUUUAAGCUUGUUUGCCGUGGGGUUAAUUAAUUUUAUAGGGAGGAUUUUUUUACUUAUAAUUUUUGCAUGGUUAAUUUUUUAACCAUGUUCAAUUUAUCCAACCUGUCGUAAACAUAGAUGACCCCACGGCUUAGGCUUUUUUCUUUUCUUUAUACAUAUUUUUCCACGAGGAAGGUUGAGAAAUUCAACGAAUACCAAGUGGUCGGAGAAAAAAGUUUUUUUUAGGGGUGAAGAGGCAGACAGGCUUUGUACCAUUAAUUAUUGUAUUUUGUCAAUGUUUUAGAGAUCCUCUUGAAUUAUCUUUUGGAGGGUCUCUUUCGUUGUUAUGUAAUGUUAUUUGGUUUAUGGUUUAGAAUAAAACCACGUUAUUUUCAAUCUCC